AUGGCCGCAGCAGGGUCCCGCCCGCUCCAGUUCGCCGACGCCGCCUCGUUCCCCGUCUACCGGCCUGCCCACGCCGGCGGGGCCUUCCCGCCACCCCCGGGCCCGGGGUCCGCCCUGCUCCCCGCGGGCCCGGGCUCAGAGCGCCUCGCCCCCGCGCCCUUCGCGGGCUUUCUCGGCAGGGAACCUGGGCCCGCCGCGCCGCCGGCCCCCAGCCUGGGCUCGCCGGCGCCCCCUAAAGGCGCGGCCGCCCCGUCGGUGUCGCAGCGCCGCAAGCGCACGUCGUUCAGCCCCGAGCAGCUGCAGCUCCUGGAGCUCGUCUUCCGCCAGACCAUGUACCCCGACAUCCACUUGCGCGAGCGCCUGGCGGCGCUCACCCUGCUCCCCGAAUCCAGGAUCCAGCAGUUUCUGUCUCCCUCCUUCCAGGUGUGGUUCCAGAACAGGCGUGCCAAGUCCCGGCGUCAGAGCGGGAAGUCCUUCCAGCCUUCCCUGGGGCAGGAGCUGGUCCCCAGCCCCUGCGCUCCUGCAGCAGCAUCCAAGUGUGUGAAGCCCCAGCUGCCCCUGGAGGUGGACAUGAACUGCCUGCCGGAUCCCAGCCGCGUGGGAGGGGGCAUCUCACACGCGAGCUCCCAAGGCCAGAAUUUCCAGAACUGCUCCCCUCUCUCUGAAGACAUCGGACCAAAGCUGGACUCAUGGGAGGAACACAUCUUCUCUGCCUUUGGUAACUUUUGA